AUGGAUAUUUCAAUUGACAAAAGAAAAGAAAUUGUCAUAUAUGAAUCAUUCAUUCCAGUAAUCAUCGGAAUAUCUUUAACCGAUACAGUUUUUGGAUUGGCAUUUGUGAUGUCCGCCACAAGUCGGUUGGACAUAGUAGCAAAUAGCAUUAAUACAGGAAUUCCACUUAUACCACGAUGGGUAUGUGCCAGGAGAAUAUAUGUGAAUUUGAUUACAAUGGCAUAUCAACUGCAGGGGACGUUAUCGCUUGCAGUUGCUAUAGAUCGACUAUUAGCUGUAUCUAUACCUUUUCGAUAUUUGAAAUUUGGUCGUAAAUACAAUAUUACCCUGGCAACUGGACCUUAUUUACUGGUGGCAGCAGGCACAAUAACCAAUUUCUGUACCACAUAUCGUGACGAGACAUUGGUAUCAUCGUUUUGUUUAACUUUAAAUGCGCUUACCCCCCAGUUCUACGGGUAUAUGUUGCUUCUUCGAAUAGGCUGUAUAGCUUCAUCAGCUUUGAUCUAUGUUGUAAUUGUCACAAGAGUUAAUAAGCAAUUCACACAAAUGGAAAAGUCACAAGUCCGAAUUGUUGGUCAAUCACAUCAAUUUCAUAAUAUAAGAAGAACCACUUCUACCGUAGGUCUUUCCACAGCGCUUGCCGUUAUUUUCUUACUUAUACCAGACUUGAUAAAGUAUUUCGAUAUAUUUGGUUUGCAGACGAAUUAUAUAACGCUUCUAUAUUCUCUUUCAAUGGCAAAUGUGGACUUCAAUAUUCUGAUUGUUGCCUUUCGACACAAAGAGAUUAUCGCAAGUCUAAAGCGUAUAAUUUAUUUAAUUUUGCGACGAGACAUUGUGAAAUUGCCGCCAAAAGUUUUUGCGGCAACGACGAUAAACAAAAAAAUUCAUAGUAACGUGUAUACUAGCUCUGUGCACUUCAGUAAAUAA